AUGGCUUCAGCUAAAGUGUCUUUACUCCAAACAGACAGUUCGGGGACAAGUUAUGGUGAAGGAGGAGGAUCAGGGGAGCCAUCUUCUCGUUUGGCUUCAACAUGGAGAAACAUGAAACAAGGAAUCCAGAGUUUUAAAGAGAAUGUAACCACCAAGAAGUUUCUUCCACUGAGGCAAGGUCCUGAAACAGCAACAGUAAGUAGCACAAGAGUGAUGAGUUCAUCAAUGCUGCAGUCUCUAGAUGAGAUAUUCCAGAGAUUGAAAAACCGGUCAGUAGAACAUAGACACUACCUCGAUAAUGAUGAAGUUUGA